AUGGCUUAUCCGACAUCAAUUUUCAUCACAGGAGCAAACAGAUGUAUUGGCCUUGGUUUAGUAAAGGAGUUUCUCAAAGUUUCGUCUGUGAAGAUUGUAAUAGCUGCUGCAAGGAUUCCGGAAAACGCCAAGGAUUUAAUUGCCAUAAACGGCAGUCGGUUGAAAAUCGUCAAAAUGGAUGUGACGUGUGAUGACUCAAUCAAGGAUGCAUACAUCGAGACUUUCUUACCUCUGUUGAGCAAGGCCUCUUCUCAUUGCACAGGUAAUCACUUGGGUGUUGACCGUGCUGCCAUCAUAAAUAUGUCGAGUUGCUCGGCUUCAAUUAUGUUGAACGAGGAAGGAUCCGGUGUUGUUGGUUCUCUGGCUUACAAAAUUAGUAAAUCCGCUUUGAACCAAUUAGGGAAAACAAUGGCUGUCGAUCUUGUGAGUGAGAAAGUGCUUAUCGCUCAGUUUCAUCCUGGUUGGGUGAUAACCGAUAUGGGCACUAUGGGUGGACGAGUAGCUGAAAUUACUGUGGAGGAGUCGGUCUGUUCACUGGUGGAGUCAAUGUCAAAGUUACGAGAGCGACACAAUGGAGGAUACUUCGACCGCCGACUAGAAGUCAUGCCUAAUUAG